AUGGAGUUUGAAAAAUGUGUGGAUAUAGGUAAGAGUCAAGGAUUGGAGAAGUUGGAGCUGCAGAAAUUCGUUAAGGAGCAGAUGGAAGAAUGGAGAGAACAAACGAGACUAGAUAGAGAAGAAAGAGCAAGAGAAAGAGAGGGUGCUAAGGAGUUAGCUAAUGCACAUGCUAGGGAAAAGGAACGUGAGAGAGAGGCGGCUAAAGAGGUAAGGGAAUAUGAAAGACAAGAGAAGGAACGUGAACGAGCAUUCCAGCUGGAGUUGGAGUUUGAGAAAAGUAAGAGAGAUAGUGGUAGUUUAUCUAAGUCAAGUGAUAAUUCGGGUGUCCACAAAGCUAAACUUAACAUGCAUACAUUUCAAGAUGGGAAAGAUGAUAUGGAUGCAUAUUUAACCAGUUUUGAAAGGAUGUUGACAGUGCAGAAGUCACCAACAGAGGAAUGGGCUAUUCACUUGGGUACUUUAUUAACAGGUAGAGCUAGAGAUGUGUAUGUGAGAUUGAGUAAUGACGAUGCAAUGGAUUAUGACAAAUUAAAAACUGCGUUGUUGCAUAGAUAUGAUCUUACUCAAGACGGGUUUAGACAGAAGUUUAGAACUGCUGAGAUUGAACCAGGAGAGACGUACACACAAUUUUUGAACAGAUUAACUGGGUAUAUGAACCGAUGGAUCAAACUGAGUGAGAUUACGCAAAGUUAUGAUGGAUUGUUUGAUUUAAUAAUACGUGAACAACUUUUGAAUUCAGCUGGGACUGAAUUAACAUUGUACCUAAAAGAAAGGACUCCAGAAGAUGCUUCUAAAAUGGCGAAAUUAGCAGAGACGUUUGUGGAAGCAAGAAAAGAAACGAAUCACAGUAAGAAAGAAGCGGGAAGAAGUAGAUGUGAGUAUUUAGGAGAUAAUAGAGUUAGAGGAGGACAGUCAGGAUUUGAGAAAGGAAGAGGGUUAACUGAUCAGUAUAAAAAUGACAGAAGUAGUCUCGAUAGAAACUUAGAUUCUCGACCAUGGCCACCAAAAUGUUUCAUUUGCAAUAAAACUGGUCAUAUAGCUAGAAUAUGUCCGAGUAGGAAACGACCAGAACAGACAAGUGUUAAGGAAGUCAUUGGUUGUAUGGUUUCACUAAAGAAAGAGAAAUUUUUGGAUAGAAAUAGCAAUAUGAAUGUCUUUGUUGGAACAUGCUUAGGAAAGGAGACAACUAUCAUUAGGGAUACGGGUUGUUCAACAGUGGUAAUAAGAAGAGCAUUAGUACCCGAAAAUGACAUGACAGGUGAAAUGGGAAGUUACGUUACACUGGAUAGGGAAGUUAAGGAAGCACCUUGGUGUGAAACAUAUCAAGACACCGUACUUUACUGGAAAAGUCAGAGCUAUGGUAUUGGAUAA